GGGGAACUGCUCCUGUGUUCUGCUUUUUGUUAGAGGAUGCUAUAAGGUCAGGCCUAUUAACCUUGUCUGGCACUCGAAGCGACAUAGUCCUACAUAUGUCACAAAGACAGGAAAUGAAGCAAAGGCAGUGGUUCACACAGAUCUGGACUUGAUAGAUGACGUUGACAUGCUUGUGCAUCUACCUUAAUUCAUAACGUUUAUGCCAUUACAACUCAUUUGACACUUUUUACAGAUAGCUAUGAGCUGCAACAUCACCAACACCACCAACUCUUCUUGCAGGGUGGACACCCUUGAGGGUUUGGCUUACUGUCCCGUGUUUCUCCUGGGAUUCUUCGUCAAUGCCGCUGCUCUGCGUGCCUUCUUUGCCAAACGGGACUCCUGGACAGACACGCACAUCUACAUGCUCAACCUGGUUAUAGCUGAUUCUGCCCUCAUUGUCUUCAUUCCCUUAAGGAUCUAUAAUGCCUUCUUCUGCCUACCAACGUCUUUCUUAUGCACUUUCCUUCUUUUCUCACAUUACAUCAACAUGUAUGCAAGCAUCCUGACCACCACAGCCAUCAGUGUCCAGCGCUACCUGUUUAUAGGUUUCCCACUGCAGGCCAGAUCAUGGAGGAAGAAGAAAGAGGUCGCUUUGGCAGUGUGUUUGAUCCUUUGGGGAUUUCUUGUGACAUUAGGAUUUAUAUUUCGAGAGGAUAAUUACCCAGAAAAACUCUGGACCUGUUAUGAAAGGUGUAAAAAUAUCCCCCUUCACUUGGAGUUUAUAGUCAUUAUGGUUGUUUGUGGCUAUCUCGCUCCACUGUUGAGUAUUGGCUUCUGUUCUAGUCGCAUCAUCUCUAUUCUGCUGAAGGAAGAUGACAUGGCUGAGGAAAAGAAACGCACCAUUGGGAUAGUCACAGCAAAUUUGAUUGUUUUCAUUGCCUGCUACACGCCAAUUCAUAUUAGCUUUAUUGUCAACUACAAAGUACCACUAAAUUGGCAGUUUGAAAUAUCACCUGAACAUGUCUAUUUACAAGUAGCUGAAUGGGUCGCCUCCACAAACUGCUGUUUUGAUUCUGUGAGCUAUUAUUUUCUGCUGAAGAGAUUUUAUCCCAAUUAAAUGAGGGUACAAACA